AUGGUAGACAAAGCGCUCUACAGUACACCAAAAGUCCUCAAUCGACCCCCGGCGGUUCCAGUGCUGCCCCCGGAGCCCAUCGACAUCAUCCGCGUGAAGGCACGAUCUCGGAGGGUCCGACUCAAUGUUGGAGGUCUAACACAUGAGGUUUUAUGGCGAACGCUGGACCGCCUUCCCAGAACCCGUCUGGGACAGCUGAGAGACUGCAACACCCAUGAGUCGCUGCUGGAGAUCUGCGAUGACUACACCCUGUCUGAGAACGAGUAUUUCUUCGACCGCCAUCCCGUGGCCUUCUCCUCCAUUCUCAACUUCUACAGAACUGGCAAACUGCAUAUGAUGGAGGAGAUGUGCGCCCUAUCUUUUGGCCAAGAGCUGGACUAUUGGGGUAUUGACGAGAUCUACCUGGAGUCUUGCUGCCAGGCACGAUACCACCAGAAGAAGGAGCAGAUGAAUGAGGAGCUGAGGAGGGAGGCGGAGAAUCUGAGAGACAAGGAAGGAGAGGAGGAGGAGGAGGAGUUGGGCUGCUGUCCUGACCAGAGACAGAAGCUGUGGGAUCUCCUGGAGAAACCCAGCUCAUCUGUGGCAGCAAAGAUCCUGGCUAUGAUCUCCAUCCUGUUCAUCAUUAUUUCCACAAUAUCAUUAUCACUCAACACCUUGCCAGAGCUGCAAGUUGUGGACGAAUUUGGCCAGUUUAAUGACAACCCAAGCCUAGCCCACGUAGAAGCAGUGUGCAUUGCCUGGUUCACCAUGGAGUACCUGUUGCGCCUGCUGUCAGCACCCAACAAGUGGAAUUUCAUCAAAGCGCCACUAAAUAUCAUUGAUUUGCUGGCCAUACUGCCUUACUAUGUGACUCUAUGCCUCACCGAAUCCAACAAGAAUGUAAUGCAGUUCCAGAAUGUACGUCGUGUGGUCCAGAUUUUCCGAAUAAUGAGAAUUCUGAGGAUAUUGAAACUGGCCAGGCACUCCACUGGACUGCAGUCUCUGGGCUUCACGCUGCGAAGGAGCUACAACGAAUUGGGUCUAUUAAUUCUCUUCCUUGCCAUGGGCAUUAUGAUCUUUUCUAGCUUAGUAUUCUUUGCUGAGAAAGAUGAGGAUUCCACCAAAUUCACCAGCAUACCUGCCUCUUUCUGGUGGGCUACAAUCACAAUGACCACUGUUGGUUAUGGAGACAUUUACCCUCAAACCUUGCUGGGGAAGAUUGUUGGAGGGCUUUGUUGCAUAGCUGGAGUCCUGGUCAUUGCCCUUCCCAUCCCAAUCAUUGUCAACAACUUCUCCGAGUUUUAUCGAGAGCAGAAGAGGCAGGAGAAGGCCAUCAAGAGGAGGGAAGCUCUUGAACGAGCUAAACGAAGUGGAAGUAUUGUUUCGAUUAAUCCCAAAGAGGCUUUUGCACGUAACAUGGAACUUACAGAUGUGCUGAUUGAAAAGAAAGAAGAUAGUAAGUGUCCAGUAGAUAAUCACUUAUCACCUAGCCGCUGGAGCUACCAUAAACGUUACUCCAAUGUGGAUUUAGGCAGCCCCGGUCAGUCCAAACUUACAUCUGGUUAUCAGGAAGUGGCUCGAGUGGGCUCACCUGAUUGUCCCAAGCCCUUGACUAGCCAAGGCAGCCUUCAACACCUCAACGUAAAGACAUUAGAAUGUGCUUACGACAAGGCAAGCACUUUCCAGGAGAACCAAGCAAAACUGGUCAAAGAAGAGAUGGAGAUGAAUGUGCUGCCCCCCAUCCAAACCCAAAAAACAUCCCCUGACGGAAAUGCAAGAGCAGGCUGCAACAUGGCUGAGGACUUUUCAGGAGAAAGAGCAGAAAAAAGUUCUCUGAUCCCCACUGUUGGAGCUAGUCAAAGUACUUCAAGACAACUGCGUGCACCCCCUCCCUUGGAUCUGACUCGGAUUAGUGCCAUAGAGAUCAAUAAGACCACUGAUAGCACUCAGCCAAUGCCAAUUAUAAAAGAGAGGCUGUACAAGUUUGUGUCCAGUCCCAACAUCAAUACAACUGCAGACAGCAGCUGCACCUCCUCAACGGAUUAUAGUAGCAGCCUACAAAAGACAAUAGACAACAAGAGUGCCCUCAUUGGAAUCCAGGAUGAUGUGCUCAUGGCAGUGAUUACACCAGUGGCCACUUCUUCUUCUGCUGGUACAGCUAAGCUUUCUCAGCAACUGUCAGACGAUAAGGUUUCCAGAUUUUCUUCACGGCUCAGCUCUGGAAGGCAAGACACUAAAUCUUCACUGCCUCUGCUACAAUCUCCGUCCCUGGUCGAGCAAUCUGUUCGUCCAAACAACUCUAAGGGGGAAGGUGAAGGCUCAGCAGCCAAGAGAUUAGAGGGUGAAGGACAGCUCACAGGCUUAAGCCACCAAGGAAAGAAUCACAUGGAGAAGUCUGCUGCCGGCUCAGCCAGUUGCACCAGCCCUCUGCCCAAGGCCAACCUUCUCAACUGUUCGCAGGAUCUGGUAAGUAUGGAGGGAGGAGGAAGGGAGGUGCCAUCUCAAGGUGCUGAGAGGCAAGAAAACCACAUUCUAGAUGGAAGUCACAAAUCCUCCAAUGAAACUAGCAUGUGAGCCCACAUUCCAAAAGCGCUGAGAUAUCCACUGAAGAGAAUGGGGACAUUAAGAAUGUUGCCCAACAGAGGCACGAAAACCACCUAAAGAACAUUGAACCACUGAAUCAUUUUUGACCACAGAUGAACCACAUUUGAACAUAAACAAAAAGAUCAUUCGUGUACACCCCUUUCUAUUGUUUUA